AUUAACUCUGUUUGGCUUGCAAUGAGAGAACUAGAACCUUUCCUUCUAUGCAAAUACGCUCAAGGAACAAUCUUUGUUCGAUUACGAGUUAUAAAGAAGAAUAAAUCAUAUAUUCAACCGUUGGGAAUACUUUUGUCUAUACACAAAUUCGUACAUAAACUACCUACGAUAAGGAGGAUCGAACCUCAAAAGUUACGAGGGUCUCGCUUUGUUCUCUUCAUAAACAACUUGUAGAGAGUUUUGACUGGUAUUAGAGCAAAAGUGGUGAUGCUUUUGCUUCUCCUUGCACAUAUAUUUCAAAAUUCACCUUUCUUUUUCACUUUGCCAAGAGCAGAUGAAAGAUUCUUAUUUUUCCAUUAUUUCUACGUUUAUAUUCUUUUUUUUCACUAGGAGACGAAAUUGAUCCAAUAUAUGUAAAAGAACAAGACCUUCCUUCACGAGUUUGGAUAGUAACAAACACAAUACAAUUUGCGAUGAACUCAACAAAAAAAUCAGAUAAAUUGUAUUAUCUUAUUCCGCUGAGUAUUGCAAAGUUGAAAGCGACAUUUUUAUUCUUUGUAGAGCAACUUGGAUAAAAUUAUUUUUCUCUUCUUCUUUAUGUUUGACUUGUUUCUAGUGGAAUUGAACGUUUCUUGUAUUUAUAGACUGUUUGUUGAUACAAAACGAUGAGUUGUCUUUGAUUCUCGUUACAAAUACCCAAAAAGAGGGCUCUACCAAUGUGCCCAUCAGGCUAUAUUUCGGAAGAGUCUUCUGCCAAGUGUCUAACGCGAGGAACUUUUGUAUAGUGACUCACCGUCCUCUCGAGGUUAUCUCGUUCCUAAAGCAGCUUUGUAUUUUUUAUAGUUUGCUUUCUUGUAUAUCUUUAAAAGUUGUGGUUUUAACAAAGUCUAUCCUACAAGAGGACGCAGCAAAAGCCUUUAAACCUAAACAGU